CGCAUCUCGAAUCCUCGAGGCACCGAGCGGUCCACAAACAUUGACCCAGUGUUGGGCGAUCGUCUCGAGGUCCCACGGUUAUCAAGUUGUGGAAAAAAUGGCGGAUGUCGACUUGAACAUCGACAGCUUGAUACAGAGAUUACUGGAAGUAUAUCACACACAGAAUAAUGAUCAGGUCCAGAAGAAAGGCAGACUAGCAGAUAUAUUCCUUUCAGAGUUUGCUGUUCGAGGAUGUCGUCCUGGAAAAUCGGUUAUCAUGACCGAGGCUGAGGUGCGUGGAUUGUGCCUGAAGAGCCGUGAGAUAUUUUUGCAACAGCCAAUACUUUUGGAAUUGGAAGCACCACUCAAAAUAUGCGGCGACAUACACGGUCAAUACACCGAUUUACUCCGGCUAUUUGAAUACGGUGGUUUUCCACCAGAAUCGAAUUAUCUUUUCCUCGGCGAUUAUGUGGAUAGGGGUAAACAGUCUUUGGAGACAAUUUGUCUAUUGCUUGCGUAUAAGAUCAAGUAUCCCGAGAAUUUUUUUCUCCUGAGGGGUAAUCAUGAGUGCGCGAGUAUUAACAGGAUAUAUGGAUUUUACGAUGAGUGCAAGCGCAGGUAUAAUAUCAAAUUAUGGAAGACUUUUACGGAUUGCUUCAAUUGUCUACCCAUCGCUGCUAUUAUUGAUGAGAAGAUAUUCUGUUGUCACGGGGGAUUGAGUCCAGAUCUGCAGGGGAUGGAGCAAAUCAGACGGAUCAUGAGACCAACUGACGUCCCAGACACUGGACUUCUUUGCGAUCUCCUUUGGUCUGAUCCAGAUAAAGACGUACAGGGUUGGGGAGAAAAUGAUCGAGGUGUAUCCUUCACCUUCGGCCCGGACGUGGUAUCGAAAUUCCUGAACCGUCACGAUAUGGAUCUCAUAUGCAGAGCCCAUCAGGUAGUUGAAGAUGGCUAUGAAUUUUUCGCAAAACGACAACUUGUCACGCUAUUCUCAGCUCCGAAUUACUGUGGUGAAUUCGACAAUGCAGGAGGUAUGAUGAGCGUCGAUGAGAAUCUCAUGUGUAGCUUCCAGAUUUUGAAACCAUCCGAGAAAAAAGCUAAAUAUCAGUACGGCGGUAUGAUUGCGACGCAGACUGGAAGGCCAUCAACACCCCAGAAGAAUCCAACCAAAAAGAGCAAAAAAUGAUCGUCAUACCCAGCUGAUCCUGCAUAGCAGUCAACACUCAUGUCAUUCUAGUUGUGGGACGACGUAUUAUCCAAUUGAGCCCAUAACGCCACAGUCGAACGUAUACAAGUACCUCUUCCUCGAUUCGCAUCGUUUAAAUCGUCAGUAAAGAAACUAAAGGAAAAAAAGGAGACCAGCCAUCGACGGUGAAGAGAGAUAUGAGUGAUGACAGGGUUGAAAGCCAGAAAAUGAAUAACAAAUUAUGAAAAUACGAUUAAUCAUUCUUCCUGUUGACUAUUGACAGUUCAUUGGUUCUAUAUAUUUUUUUCAUGGAUUUACUGUUGAAUUAUUAGAGCUUAACUUGAUUUCUCAUGCAUUAAUUAUUGAAAUUCGUACUUCCAGUCUUUACGAGUGGGGAUGAUACGCCUUUAACGUGCAUUUCGUGAAUGUACUUUAUUUAUUGCUUAUCAAACUAGAUUAACAUUGUCACUGAUCACUCGUGGUCAUUGAGAUGGAUUCCCUGAGAAUUCGUUUGUCGGCUCGUUAACAGUUGGAUUUAAUUUUUUUUAUUAAUUUUUAUUGCGAGAUACUUGGGGGCAGGAUACACCUCUUGUGGAACAAUUUUUAAUGAGUUAAUUUUUUCUUUUCGUGAUGUUUGUUCGGUCAUUUAAUUUCUCGCUUACUCAGCGGCAUCGCACGUUGUUUACAUAUGCAUUUUUUCUUCUUUCAUUUGAUAUUAUUCACAAUAUGUCUCUUCUUGAGUCACUUCCUCAGAAAUGAUACGCCGACUUGUGAGUGUGAGAAUGACUAACCGUGAAUUAUGUGAAUAUGCGAGGGUGAAUGACUAGAUUUUUUGAAGAGAUAAAAAAUGAUAAACAGUAUUUUUUAUGGCGAUGCCCCUGUAUAGAUAAUUAUAAGUUUUCCUCAGAAAUUUAAUGUGAAAUGAAAUGGUUCGUGAGGGAAAUUAGAGGUGAUCUAGUGGAAGUUGUUGUAGAUUUGAGAUCUAGUGAAUUUAGUGGCAAAUUCCAUCGGAUUUGUAUUAGAUGUUGGCCAUUUCUGUCGGUUCAAUGGAUAAUAUUCUACCGAAAAAAUGAAUAGAAUAUGAGUUUGUGUCCAUUUGUUUGAUGUAAAUUCCAAUAGAAAUUCGGUAACUCAAAUAUUCAUUUUUUUUUAUGGGAACAUCCCACAAAGGAAAUGCCUCAGUAUAAAAAAAGUUCCCCAAAUAUUCAGUUCUAUGAUUUUUUUAACUAUAAAACAAUUUUUAUUGAACUAGAGGCCCGUUAAAGUUCAGAAUUCGUUCGUAAAAAUUCAAUGGCUUUUUCUGACGAAUCGACUAGGUUUUCUAAUGAAAUUUUUUCCUGUCUGAGAAAACAGGAGAUGACGUCGAGGAGGCCUGGAUAACUUUAGUAAUGAGAUAAUUGAAUUAUCCGUAGAAAAAAAAAUAUCCAGAGGUAAUAGGUUGUCAAAUGUCUUUGGAACGAAUAAUUUCAAAUAAAAUAUGGAGAUAUUUGUAGAUAAUUUUAUUGGCUAUGAAAAAUAUCUAUUGGUAUUUUUCUCUAAAACCCAUCGAUCCAAAAGACAUUUAUCCAUCUCCUGUGAUCACUUAACCACUGCUUUUCGUUGAUUUUAUCGUUUACGAUAGUUAAAAAUGUACCAGGUUGUGUCGUAAGAUCAAAUGAUUCGCCUUAGGUGGGCAUUGCAAUAUUCUCGUGUCCUUUAAUUGCCGUUUGAGGUAAAAAAGAAAAAUUAUAAAAAAUACAAAAUUAAAAUAAUAAUAUUAAUUAAUGGUAUAAUGAUUAGUGUAACGAGCGAAAGAUGUAAAAUUACGUGAGAUAAUUAUUACAACUGUACAAACAUAAUUAAUUUUGAUUUGAUUAAUUGUGAUCUGUGGUAGAAAAUGUGGAGACAUUACGUUUCUUUGAGACUUUAUCUCCUACCUUUUUAUCUGAAAAGAUUUUUUUUUCAGGUGUAAUCGAUGGGAAAUUACGUUUACAAGGGCAUACCUUGUGCACAUCACUGAUUGAAUAAUACAUAUUAAUAUUUCAAUUAUAUUAUUCGUGUAUCUAUCAUUUAUGUCAACAUGAUUAUUUUGCGGUUGUUCGACAUAACGUAGUACGUAAACAGAAUCUAUAGAGCGACGGCGAAGAUUAAAGAAUAAUAUGAAUAAGAAAAACACCUCAAGUUGUAAACUUUCAGAUAAUAAAUAUCCCUAUUGUUGUAAAAAUAUCGUUGUAAAUUUUUCAAAAUGAUUCAAAUUAAUUUUCCAUGAACAUUCACUUUUUACGAGAUUCAUAGCAACUUUCGGGUUGUUGACAUAAUUUUUAAGGGUGGUUUAAAUCAUAUUUGUGUUCUGUUGAAGCUUUUUUUUAUUUACUAGUGAAAUUAAUGAAUUUACAACGUGGAAGUCAUGAUGUAGAUUUAUUUCAAUGAUAACUGGGUACAAUGAUAACAAUUACGUAGAAACGAAAUUUAAUUUAACAAAAAAAGGGAUAACUCAUAAAUUUCUUUUAUAAUUAAGAAUCAAUUAAUAGUAGGCGAGCUAUGGUCGGAGAAGGCCAGCUACUCUGCUCAGCCCCGGGCAGUUUCCCACGAGUCUUCUCAUCUCAUCCCAAAAAUAAA